CACAUCCAGCUAUUUUGAACAUAAUCUAAAUAAGCAGAUGUUUAGCCAUCUAAAGCUCACCUUCUUUGGAUACUCUGUGAAACUGCACCCAACAUCUGCUAACCACAGGUAACAUGAAGCCUGUGGCUCUAACAGACCCCAAGCCACUGCCACCCAUGGGAGCUCUCUGACCCAGAGACUCCCCACAGUGCCAGUGAACCACAUCACCCGGACAAGUAAGCCCCCUGUCAGAGUCCUCUUUCCUUAGAAGUUCCCUUGUCCUCUUCCUCUUCUGGAUGGUGUUGCUGUAACCUCCACAUAGUAUCAGGCUGUAAAGGGCUUCCCCUGCGUGCAGCCUCCCAGAGCAUUUCCCAAAUGAAACGUGUGUGCUGCUACCGCCUUGUGGUCAUAUCUUUCCCUUGGAUCAGCCUCAAAACCCCCUGAGCCCUCUGUACCUCCUCACUGCGGCAUCCCAAGGCGGACACACACAUCCCAGGUCUUGCACCCCCUAGCCAGUGGGCAGGCUCCUGACAAGCUCCCUGCAGGCACCUGUGUGCUGCACCAGUCCUGGCCACCUGCACUCCAGAGGGAUUCUUUCUGCUUCUCUAGUGAAAGGGGAUCAACUCUGGCCUGGAGCAACCAGGCAAAUGUCUUUGCCUUCCACUGGGCUGCACAUACGUUCUCCAAUGUGUUGUGAGUCCCGUUCCUGGGUAGGGGCUCCCCUGCCAAAUUUGGCUCCUCCUCAGAUACUCUCCUCCUGCCCUGCUGUAUCGUAGAGUGCUCCUGAUGCUUUGUAGUCAUUCCCUCGUUUGUGAUUCUUCCUGUUAAACUUUCCUUGUUCAAGUCACUGCAAGGUUUCCAUCUCCUGAGUGGACGCUGUGUAUCUUUGGCGCAUCCCCAUGGCCACCGUAACCCCGUGUGCCUCUGACGGAGCCCUGCCCAGACUCCCCAUGUCUCCCAGUCCUCUGUGGCUGUGAGGAAUGGACACUGACAAGGAUGCAGAUUGCUGGUGUUUUCUGAGCUCCCCGCAUCCUCAGCCUGCUUGUGGCCCCUCACUCAGCUUUCAGCACUGGUCUUAGCUGGGAAGAUUCUGGGAAUAAGGGAUAGGGGCCUCUCUGUGCUUCUCAUGUACAAAUGGCUCUUUCCUUUCUCUUUCAGAAAACGUUCAAUGUGGCUACAGGCCUGCCUUUCCAAACUCCUCGUGGCUACCAUUUCAUGAGCGGCUUCAAGUCCAGAAUGGUGAGUUCCCGUGGCAAGUGAGUAUCCAGAUGUCUCAGAAACACCUCUGUGGAGGCUCAAUCAUACACCGGUGGUGGGUUCUGACAGCUGCACACUGCUUCUCAAGAACCCUAUUAGACAUGGCAGUGGUAAAUGUCACCGUGGUCAUGGGAACAAGAACAUUCAGCAACAUCUAUUCAGAGAGAAAGCAAGUGCGGAAGGUCAUUAUUCAUAAAGAUUACAAACCACCCCAUCUCGACAGUGACCUCUCUCUGCUUCUACUCGCCACGCCAGUGCAAUUCACCAAUUUCAAAAUGCCUGUCUGCCUGCAGGAGGAGGAGAGGACCUGGGACCGGUGUUGGAUGGCAGAGUGGGUAACAACCAAUGGGUAUGACCAAUAUGAUGACUUAAACAUGCACCUGGAAAAGCUGAGAGUGGUACAGAUUAGCCAGAAAGAAUGCGCCAAGAGGGUAACCCAGCUCUCCAAGAACAUGAUUUGUGCCUGGAAGGAACCAGGCACCAAUGGCAUCUGCAAGGGAGACAGCGGGGCACCUCUGGUCUGUGCUAUUUAUGGAACCCAGAGACUCUUCCAAGUGGGUGUCUUCAGCUGGGGCAUAAGAGCUGGCUCCAGGGGGAGACCUGGUAUGUUUGUGUCUGUAGCUCAAUUUAUUCCAUGGAUCCAGGAGGAGACAGAAAAGGAGGGGAGAGCCUACACUGUAAUCUCAGGAUCUGCGAGACGCUCCCUGGUGUGGGUUCCUCAGUACCCCUUUUUGCUAGGACUGGGGUCUCAAAUGCUGCUGGCCACCAUGUUUACUGGUGAUAAACCUGAUUGCUAAGCUUUGGACCCACCCUUUUUCCUUCUCUUUCUUCUCUCUCCUCUCUCCCUUUCCAUCCUCACACAAGCAUCUGUGGAGCAUCUGCUAUGGGGUAGCAUCUACACCAGCCCCCAGAAGUGAGACAUGGACUCACUUCUCCCAAGUUUUAAUACAGGCAUGUGCCACAGAAUGCCAUUUUGGUCAGUGAUGAACUGCAUAUAUGAUGGUGGUCAGAGCAACAUGCUAUACCAUAUGGUCUGGGUGUGUAGUAGGUUUGGCCAUCUAGGUUUGCAUACAUUCAUUCCAUAUUGUGUGCCUCGCAAUGAAAUUGCCUAACCAUACAUUUCUCAGAAUGUAUCCUGACAUGACUGAAUUUUAAAACACUUAAAAUUUUAAAAUUUUGAAGGUGGCAUAUACAGGAAUAUUCGUAGCACCAUAGUUUAUAAUAAAAAAUUAGAAGCACACAGUUGCUAACUUCAUAAAUAAAAAGACAAACCAAUCUAGAUACUCAUUAUCAGAGACCUGAAUAAAUUUUGUUAUAACAACAGAAUGUCAUUAGCAGGUGAUUACAUACAUCAGCUGGAGUUAAACAGAUCAACAUAGCUUAAUCUCACAAUGCAGUGCAAAGGCAAGUUACAGAAAAAUGUAUUCAGUGUGACAUUUCUAUAAAUUUUAAAGACGUGUAAGGAUAUAUUCAGAUGUAGAAAAAACUAAGCAACUGCAAAGGGAAAAGAAAUGCAAAGUUCAGGAUAUUCGUAUGGCUGGAAGAAAUGAGAGAUCCUCAGAGGGCCUUGACUCUGCAGUGUUUUAUGUUAUGGUGUUAUUUAUAUCAUUUUAUAUCUUUAAAUUUUUACUGUAAUUUGUAGAAAGAAAUGGAAAGGAGUGAAACAGAAACAGAAAAAUUGAAGUAUUUAUAAGCUCUUCUCAUUCUGCAAAACAAAAUGUGCAUUUAAUGGCAAAACUAGUACUUGCAAGAGACGGUUGAAAGGGGAACAAGGAUGAAAGGAUAGAGCAGCUCUAGGUUAGUAAACAGACCUCUAUGGUUUUUUUUUUUUUUUUUUUUUUUUUUUUUUUUUUUUUUUUUAGAC